GCCAACUCUAGUCUGAUCAGAGCAAAGCGGCAGGAGGCGUCUCAGAAGUUCAGAGUCUUCGAACUUUGAGCUCUGGCCUACUCUGCUGCCUCCUGCUGCCGAGGCAGACGAUAGCUGUGGGUGAGGCACCGUGCCCCACAGCCUAGAAACCGAGGGAGUGUAGAUAGCAGGAGUGCUGUCCAAUUCCUGCUUUGAUGAGAGCCACUCCAGCAGGACCAGCACCGCCUCCCAGACCUCCCUUCCACCCAUGAAUCGGCCUUGCCUCCAUUGUUGUCAAUGGCUAGCAGCGGGGUGCGCGAUGUAUGCGGGGUAGCGGCUUCCUCAUGACUCGGGAAUCUGGGGAUUCAUAGAUUUUUUCGCGGUGAUGGUGUCUCUGUGCUCCUGGGCUCUCCUGUGAUCUGCGCGGCAAUUGGGAUCCGGGCGUUGCGUCCAGUGAGCUCUCUGUAGCUAGCUAGCUCGCUCCAGGAGUUCAGCGCCGAAUCGUCGUUGCACUGCACUUCACUGCACUCCGCACUCGCAUUGAGGUUCUGCUCGUUGCAUCAUUACCACUGCUGUGCUCAGGAUGCCGCAGUACGCGUUGAGUGAAGAGUUUCGGAACGAGUUCAAAUUCAAGUGCAUUGACUCGCUCAUACCGCAGCCCCGGACGGGAAACGCCGUCGUUCCUGUGUUCACCGGCGAUGAAGACAAACAGGCAGCCAUGAGCUGGCUCACUUUGUUCACUCAGUGGGCGUUGCAACAAGGAUUAUCCGCCGAUCACACUCUCCUCCUAGCGUCCACGCACAUCAAAUAUUCUCUCAUCUACUACCCCCAGUUAUCCACAUGGACCGAGUUCGUGCAGGAUUUCUUCGCCUACUACCACGCCGUCGGAGACUCGCUGUUCAUUCAGUGGUACUGGAAGAGGGCAGCCAACAUUCAGAUAUGCUGGUUCUCGUACAGGGAGCUGAAGACGGCGACGAACAAUUUCUCCGAGCACAAGACGGUGGGGGCGGGCAAGGCCGGAGUGGUGUUCAAGGGAGUGCUGUCGGACGAUCGCGUGGUGGCCGUCAAGAGGUACACGGAGGUGGUGGGGCACUCGCUGGAGGACAUCCUGUACGAGGUGUUCAUCCAUCGGAGCCUGCCCAAGAGCUCGAACCUGGUGAAAUUGAUAGGAUUCUCGUCGUACGAGCAGGAUCCGCUUCUGGUCUACGAGUACGUCGAGGGUGGCAAUUUGGAGCAGCACCUGCAGGGCAUUCACGGCAAAAAGCCGACUUGGAACGAGAGACUCAGCAUCGCCAUCGACGUCGCCGAUGCCAUCUCGCAGCUCCAUUAUAACCGAAAGUUCCCCAUUUACCAUCGCGACAUCAAGUCCUCCAACAUUCUGCUCGACGACCACCGACAGGCCAAACUGGCGGAUUUCGGCAUGGCCGCCGCCGUGUCGCCCAAGAAAGCCCGCAGCUACUGUCAGACGAAAGUGAAAGGAUCGCGCGGGUACACGGACCCUCAUUACGAGAGCACGGGCAAGCUCACGGACACGACCGACGUUUACAGCUUCGGUGUGGUGUUGAUGGAGCUGGUCACCAGCCUGAACGCCGGCGACCCCUCCCGAUCCAAGAGCUUCCUUCCCGAUCUCGUCAUGGAGAUGUACAGUCUGGAGCGACUGGACGAAAUUGUGGACGAGUGCAUUCUGGCCCCGUGCCCCUGCAAGCAAUGCCUGAAAAUACUCAUAGAGGAGGUUAUUGAGCUGGCCAUUCUGUGCUGUCACCAGGAUCCCACCAAGAGACCGAAAAUCAGCGAGCUGGCCGAAAAAUUGCGUCUCAUUCAGCUGGAACAGAAGAUGCGGAGCAUGGAGGCGGAACUGAGAGACGAGAGGAGGAGCAUGGAGGUUCUGGACAAGGACAGGACCCCGAGGAGAAGUCAUCGUCAAUGACUACAGGGGAUCGUUGUCAACGUAUUGGCCUGUACAUUCCGAGGACGGACACCCACAUUUUAGGCUCCCCCUCCCACCCUCAUCGAAGGCCUGGCAGUCACACGAUUGGGACAGGGAAGGGAGAGCCCGGCGCUAGCAGAAUUCAGUUUUGCCCGAGGUCGUGUGGCGAACGCCCCCUCAGAAAACUCUCUGCAUUAAUUCAUUGUUCCGGACGGAGAUCUGCUGCAGGGUUUUCUGAGUCAAAAUUGAUGCUCUGUGGCGUUUCCAACCGAGGUGUGGUCAAUUUUGGAUGACAACGGUCGAACCCAGAAGUGGAAGCGGCAGUGGAUCGCCAAAGUAGAGCGGAUUGACUGCCUCAGCUUCCCAUCGAUGAUUCAGUAAGGUUCAGUCAGCGAGUAGUUAGUUAGUCAGUCAGUCGGUGUUCAUCGUUACGCUGUCGAGAACUUCUUCGAAUUCUUCUCCUGUACAGAGUAUUGGAUGUUAAUUACUCAUACACGAUAAACCUUUUUAGCUUAUUAGCAGCUCUGUGGCAACUAUUCCCUGCACGGAGUCUCGCUUCCCAGUCUUGCGGAAAGCGGCAGACCUCGAUCCUUCAUUCGAGCGCCUUCCAUCCACAUGGUCUACGAGAAAUUUGCGUGGUCGGAGUCUUCAUAGCCGAAGUUCGAGGCAGGCAUUGGCAGCUUUGGUAGAGGUCAUGAUUCUAGUACUACUCCUCGUAGGGUGUGUGAUCUGCUACACCAGUCUUCCGAGGCCAGGAGCAUUAUAAAUCUGGAUCUAUUAGAGGAUAUUACAGGGGCCUCGCCACUUGUUGUAUAUAGAUGAGUGAACUUUUUUACCCACAGUCCUGACGGGCUCGGUGAACUGUCUGAGAUUACAGUUAGCUUUAUACAUGUCGAAAAAUUGUUCUAAACCAAUAAAGAGAUCAAGAAAGUCUUCAAGCUUUUAUU